AUGUUGAGAGGAGACAAAUAUGAUGCCAAAGUGGAUAUCUGGGCCCUUGGGAUCACGGCACUAGAAAUGGUGGAUGGUCCUACACAGCCUAAGUACAAGCCACCCAAGCUGAAAACUCGCAGAAACCUGUUGCCGGUGUUCCGUUCCUUCCUGGAGUCCUGCCUGAAACGGAAUGAGAAGCGUCGAUGGACGGCCGAGCAGCUGCUGAAGCAUCCAUUUUUAGAAAAAUCCGGUAGUCUCAACAACAUGAGGCCUCUGCUCGAAGCAAUCAGGAGAUUCCUUACAGAGAGGUUCACAACACCAUCACCAGAACCUCUGCUGGCUCCCUCUGUUUCUGGACAAGAGAGUAAGGAAGAGCAAGCAGAGAAGGAAAACGACAAAGCAAAGCCUGAAGGAGUGAAAUCAAUCCUCAAGAGCUCACCAAUGGCAGCUGUUGCUGCAGCACCACAGUCUGAAGAAAUCUCCUUUCCCGACACUGAAAUGCCAAGCACAAGCACCGGGAAAGGAGACACUCAGAAGAAAAGCAUUCCAAAGGAAAUCACGCACCGGCCGCCAAAGCUAUUGCCACUAACACGACGUUUCCUUGAUGACCUCAAGGGCAUUGUGAGUGAGGGGAACCCUACGAAGAAAUACACUGUACAGCAGCAAAUUGGCCAAGGGACUUUUGGAACAGUUUUCCGAGGAGUUGACAUUGCCACAGGAAGACGGGUGGCCAUCAAGAAGAUUUUUCUCCGCGACAGAAAGAACAAAAGGGAGCUUGUUUUAACUGAGGUUGCAGUCCUGAAGAGAAUGAGGCACCCCAAUAUCAUUCACUAUAUAGACAGCUACCUUUUCAAUGAAGAACUCUGGCUGGUGACGGAAUAUGUGGAGGGAUGCACCUUAGGCGAUGUCAUUUCCAUACAAGCUCUUGAGGAAGAGAUGAUAGCCUCUAUCAGUCGGGAGUGCCUGAAAGCCCUGGACUUCCUUCAUUCAAAUCGAGUGAUCCACAGAGACAUCAAAAGUGACAGUAUUCUUCUCGGAAUGGAUGGAUCUGUCAAACUGAUUGAUUUUGGCUUAUGUGCUUGGCUUCAGCCCCAGCGAAAGACAUGGAGGUCAUUUUUUUCAACACCUUUCUAUAUGGUAUCAGAAAUGUUGAGAAGAGACCGAUAUGGUGCCAAAGUGGACAUCUGGGCCCUUGGGAUCACGGCACUAGAAAUGGUGGAUGGUCCUACACGGCCUAAGGACAUGCCACCCGAGCUGGAGACUCCCAGAAACCUGUCGCCUGUGUUCCGUUCCUUCCUGCAGUCCUGCCUGAACCCGAAUGCAAAGCGUCAAUGGACGGCCAAGAAGCUGCUGAAGCAUCCGUUUUUAGGAAAAUCCAAGAGUCUUGUCGAGAUGGCUCCUCUGAUUGAUGCAGUCAGGAGACCCAGAACAGCGGCACCGGAACCUCUGCUGGCUCCCUCUCUGUUGCGGGAUUAA